AUGGCUACAACCAGCCCUGUCAGAGAGGCUGAGGGAGAAAUCCUAAAGUGGGAGAAGGCGAAAGAGCUAGAGGAAGAGGAGGCAGCAGCAGCCAGAGCUUCGAUGAGAGAGGAGGCUCCAAACUGUUCCACAGCUGUCCCGUCCCCGAGGAGGAAAGCCUGGAAUGAGGGCCCAGUGGAGGUCAAGCUGGAGCUGCACCUUCUGCAGAGCAGGUGGGCACUAUGGUUCUUCAAGAAUGACCGCAGCCGGGCCUGGCAGGAUAACCUUCAUCUGGUCACCAAGUUUGACACAGUGGAGGACUUCUGGGCGAUGUACAGUCACAUCCAGCUGGCCAGUAAGCUCUCUUCAGGCUGUGACUAUGCCCUGUUCAAGGAUGGCAUCGAGCCCAUGUGGGAAGACGCCAGGAAUAAGCGGGGUGGCCGCUGGCUGGUCAGCCUUGCCAAACAGCAGCGCCACAUUGAGUUGGACCGCCUGUGGCUGGAGACACUGCUGUGUCUCAUUGGGGAGAGCUUUGAGGAGUACAGCCGGGAGGUGUGUGGGGCUGUCAUCAACAUCCGAACCAAGGGGGACAAGAUUGCAGUGUGGACGCGGGAGGCAGAGAACCAGACGGGCGUGCUCUACAUUGGGCGUGUCUACAAAGAGCGCUUGGGACUCUCCAUAAAGACCAUCAUUGGGUACCAGGCCCAUGCAGACACAGCUACCAAGAGCAACACCCUAGCCAAGAACAAAUUUGUGGUGUGA